UACGUGCGCGUCACCCUCGCAGCUACGUGCUCGUCCCCGUUUGCGACUACGCGAAGGAGCUGUCACGAACCGGAUAUUCCGUUCGUAGGCGCGAGAUAACGGUGUUUCCGCACCAGCCGUCCUGCUGGUGUCCCGGGGUUUAUCCUCGGUUAACUUCUAAACUCAGGAAACGACCCUGGAACGCGUUAUUUAUUCACAACGGAAAUGCGUUCUUUUUUUUUUUCACCAUGCAGCGAGCUAAUCUAGCUAGCUAAACAGAAGCUGAAGUAGCCGGCUAACAUAAACCAGACGCCUCUCCGUCGUUCGUCUGACCCGCUGACACGUUUAGCCUCGGAGCCGCCGGGUUUGUCUGAGUAAAACAUGGGAAGCGCGUUCAGUGCGGGUGCAGCGUGGCUGCACGACCCGCAGCAAGUCGCCCGCUUUCAGGAGCUGUGCGGCGUGCGGGGGACUUUCACCGGAAACCGAGACGGCGCGGGAGACUCGGGCGGCGGUGAGAAGAUGGACAGAGAGCAGCGGAAGAGACCGGACCGACGCGUUAAAGGGAAACAGCGGGACGUAAACGGCGCGGUGAAUGGGACUGCGAACGGGGCUGCCGGGGACAGCGCUCUGGCGCAUCCGUCCCCCGGCCCCGGCGGGGACGGAGUGGCGCGCGGGCCGCUGCGCAAGAACUCGCUGACGGGCGAGGCGGGCCACCAGUUCGUCAUCUCGAACCGGUUCCUAUACUACGUGUUUACACUCGGCACCGAACUUGGCAACGAGCUGUUCUACAUCAGCUUCUUCCCGUUCCUUACCUGGAACGUGGACCCGUACGCUGCGCGCCGCCUGAUCUCCAUUUGGGUCUUGGUCAUGUACUUGGGCCAGUGCACGAAGGACUUGGUUCGGUGGCCGCGCCCCGCCUCUCCUCCCGUGGUCAAGCUGGAGGUGUUCUACGACUCCGAGUACAGCAUGCCGUCCACACAUGCCAUGUCCGGGACCGCCGUGCCGCUGGGACUCUUCCUGCUCACCUACGGCCGCUGGGAGUAUCCGUACUUUCUCGGGCUCACUUUGGCCUUAACCUGGAGCUUGUUGGUGUGUGUGAGCCGCGUCUACAUGGGCAUGCACUCUGUCCUGGACGUAAUUGCUGGUUUCCUGUACAGCCUGCUUAUCCUCGCUAUUUUCAGCCCAUGCCUGGAAGCCAUCGACACGUUUAACCGGUCUUCCAGUUAUGCUCCUAUUUUCGUUGUGUCUCUCCAUGCCGUCUUGGGGCUUUUCUCCUUCACCCUGGACACGUGGAGCACGUCUAGAGGCGACACCGCUCAGAUCCUGGGCACGGGCGCGGGCAUUGCCGUCGCAACCCACCUCAACUACCAGCUGGCCCUGAUCCACGAUCCUCCCGCCUCCAUGCUACCUAUGCAGGCUCCGGCUCUCAGCGUGGGCCUCUUCGGGUGGAGCUUGCUCCGUUUUGUACUUGGCGUGGUCAUGCUGAUAGUCACAAGGGGGGUCAUGAAGGCUCUCACCAUCCCCCUGGUGUGCCGCAUCGUCGGGGUCUCGAGCCGGGACGUCCGCAAAGCCAGACAGCACAUGCAGGUCGAGCUUCCCUACCGAUAUAUCGUUUACUGGACCGUAGGGUUCAGUGCCUUCUUCCUCAUCCCCUUCAUUUUCAGCUGUGUCGGCUUGUCCUGAAAGGCCGAAGCACAAAAUAAAACUGAGCUAGGAUUAUUUCAGCGCUGUAGUUUAUCCAAGACAAAAAAAAUAAUUAUAAUUCUUAAAAAAAGAUACCCAAUCUUUUGAGAAUAAGUUUACCAGAAAACCUGCACUGCCAAUGGCUUCCAUUCAGCAGUAUACGUAAACACAAUUUAGAGCAGACUCUUUUAUUUUUCUAAAUCUACGCUUGAUUUCAGGGUUUGCAUCCUUAUAAUUUGUUUUUCUGACAAUAUAAAAAUGAAGGGUUAGGAUCGGUGCACGAGGAUUUUUGCAGAAGUGCACCGAAUGUUUUUUAUUACUAGACAUCGCCAAUAGGCACAUAUAUGUUCUCAAAGCCUGUGACUGCAAGUUUAUAGACUUUUCACUUUAUCAGCAGCACCUUGGACACUUGAAGUCUUUUUUUUUCCCCCCCUGAGUGAGAUUCCAUUAUUUGGGAUCAAGGACUUUUUGUACAUUGAUUUGUUCGACUGAAAUAUUUCUGCAAAUGACUGAACCUGGGAGACCUACGUGGCCUAACUGACGGGGGGGUUAAAACCUUUUAAACACUGAAGCCAACCUUUGAGUUUUUAAAGAUUGAACCACUUUCUAGCACAAAUAAUUCAGAAUGAUCAUUCCCGUAUUGAUUAUUAAUAUUAAUAAAAAAGUCCUCUCUAACUAUCUAAAAUGGAAACAGACGUUGGGAGAGAGCGAUCACGUUUUUUUUUUUUUUUUUUCUGAUUUACUUUCUGCUUUCCGAUUUCCUCCUUCCUCUUGAAAGCAGGCAGUCAAAAAUUCUUGUCGUCAACAAGAAUCUUCAGCGAGACCUACAGGUAGUGUAUUCCCAGUAGCCGUGCUGGUUUAUCACACAUGACCGCUCUCCCAGACUUCACUUUUGUUACUUAGUUCCAGUCAGGAUUAAACCCUGCCCGCUCGUGCUGCUAUUGCGCUUAAACAAUCGUUUCUAACUUUGGCUCUAUGGGCAUUUUCUGAUAACUAAAUUACAUUUUCGUUUUUGUUUUGUUAAUGAUUGUUUAAAAAAAAAAUAAUUCAACGUCUACUGUGUAAUCUUAGAGAAGUCUGCUAUUUAAGACUGAUUGUUUGUGGUACUGUUUUCAAAGAAAUGCACUGUUUCCCAGAAUGCACUGCUCUUACACGUGCAUGUGUCCGUGGGCUCUACAUCGUCGUCAGGCCAUAAUUUUGUUUGUUUGUUUGUUCUGCAUUCUCACUAGCAAGACGCAGGUGAUAGGGUUAGUUAGCGUUGGCACUUGUGGGUGUGGUCUGUCCUGAUUUGAGAUCAUAGAAGCCCAAAAGGCUGCUGCAUUUGACCAUUUAUACACAUUGGGCAAGACCACUUUUAUUCAAAAUCUACGUUGUAGUGUAAUUCGCUAAAGAUUUUCAAAUCGUUCGGACGUAACGGAGGUCAGGUACGUUAUGAGAGGAGUCGUUUUUGAGGACAGCGGGAUUUGAGAAAAGUGGGAUUUUGAUCAGAAGAUUGUGUGAAUGCAGGUUAAUUAGUGCAGGUGUGUGUAUAUGUAUAUAUAUAUAUCGGAAAAAACAACAAUAGCUGGACAUUCUGGACCAAUUAGUUCAAUACACCAUUUCAUGGUUGAGUAAAAGCAGAAUGAAAACUCACGGGAUGCUUUUUUGUGCCUACAGAGGUUAUAGUACAUUGGUUUGUAUACAUGUAGGCCAGGACAGAUAAGUAUUGUUAUAUCUGGAUAUAUUUGUAUAUUUGUAAAAAUUUCUUGCCCUACUGUCACUUUCACGAUCUAACGAUUUCAUCGAUAUGUCGUACGGCGUAUGUUUUCGUACGGUUACACUUUAUUGUGUGCUACUGAAGAUGUGUGUACAACAGAGCAAAGCCAAUACAUAACUACAGACUAUGCAGGAUUUUUAAACUUAGCUAUGCAGGCAUGUAGGUAUGCUGCAGAACAGGACAUAGAACCCAGUCAACAGUCUCCCAUAAAUAUAUAGUUUCCCAUAAAUAUAGUUUUCAAUAUAUAGCAUGUCACUAUAUAUAUUGGCCGUACUCUCUGGGUAGGAGGGGCAGCGGAACUCUUUGGAUGAUGUGAGAAGAUUGUGAGGUAAUGUAUGAGGAAGAGGGCAGAUAGCACUAAGUAUGUGGUAGCUGUUAUGUGACAGGUGCAAGAUGCGAUUUAAACAGAAGCCACUAGGAUGGGAUCAAAAUCCGCACCGAUCUUGACCAUUGGUCUAAGAAACAGGGUCCGAUUGUAGCAUGCGCGAUGGAGUUAUUAGGCAGGAAAUGAGGCUUGAAGCUUGGUCAUUUCAGUGUAGCAGCCGCUGUGCCUUUAAUGCCCACAAUACAUGUCCACAAAUAAAGCAAUAAUAUUAAUAAUAAUCAGCAACUUCCUGUCUGUUGAUUUGAAUUCUAAGAUUAAUAGAUGAAGCAUAUAUUCAGCAAAUAUCCUACUAUGCAUUCUAAACAUCAAUUAAUAUACAGCAUAAUAUUUGCACUGUAUGUACAAUAGGGAAAUGUCAUCCUUCUCCUUAGCUCCUGAAAGCAGGAUCCUGAUAUGUAAUUUACACACUUUUAAUUUUUAUUUUAUUUUUUAAAGAAUAGAUUCACGUUGUACGUACACACGUAAGAUUGACUCGACUCGAAUGGAUAAUCCAAGAAACCAAUGUGUGUAUAGUUACAGUUUACUGUGUUGUCAUUUGUUGUCUUUUAGACUGAAUAGAGUAACAUGGAGGAUAGAUAGCGCCCCCUAAGCGCACACUCAACCUCACGCCGUCUUUACGGGGUGAUAGGUGCAGUGUCGAGAGAGAGAUUACCGUGGGCCUGAAUGUUUUCUGAAUCUGUUUUAUCUGAUUGACUGUUUGUGUUUUACAAGAUCUCAAUGUUUGCGUAGUUUACGUAAAAAAUGCAGAGUUUUAUUUUAUUAUUUUUAUUGCAAUUGCAAAAGAAAAAGCAAUGCCAUUACAACAGCUGUCUUUUGUCGUUCACUCUAACUAUGCUGUAAUAUAUAUAUAUAUAUAUAUAUAUAU